AUUAUAAUUUAUUAUUAUAAAAGGUAUUCUCUGUUUUAGUUGCUAUUUUAGAAUAAUAAUACGUAAAAUAGUUGCUUAUAAUGUGAACUUACUGUUCAUGUAUAUAAUUUAACCUUCCGUUUUGACACUUCUAACCUAUGCAAUUUCGAUUCUUGACACCAUUUUUGUAAUGCCUUUCUGUGUAUAAUGUAAUACAAUAGGCAAAAUGAACGAUUUGGGCUAUGCAAAAGAGCGUAUAACAUAAGAAAAGUGCUUACAUAUUGAUAAAUAAUAUUUAGCUUGAUAAGGUUAUGUUGAUGUUUUGAUUCGUUAUGUUGGGUGUAUAAAAUCUGAUAAUCAGUUGACAAGUUGCAUGUAAAAAUUCCAUUUUUAACCUUAAAAUGUAAUGACAUUACCUUUAAGUAAUUUCUUUGACUUACAAAUGAAUUUGUUUGGUAAUUAGUUUUAGUUUAUUUUCUAUUUUUUGUUUGUUUGUUGUAAUUGUUAUUGUUAAUAAAUUUUUACUGCCAUUUACAGUUAAUGAUUUAAAUAAAAAUAUAUAUUGAACAUGAUGGAGUGCAGGCAUGAAAAUACAGCAGAAUAAUUUGUAAAUGUUUUAUUGAAAAUACAACCAAAAUGAUAUUACAAUGGUUACAUACAAAUUAUGUGGUCAUAUAACAUAACAUAUGUUUUUAAUUAAAACUAAAGUUAUUAAAUUUAUGAAUGUAAAGUAAUUAGAGCAUAAUGGAAGCAGCAGGCGAGGAUUUUAAUCUCCAUUGGGAGGAAGUUGUAAUUAAGAACUCUCCUAAACAUGAAAACCAAACAAUUUGUGGCCUGGAAGGUGAACAAUCUGUAUCUUACUCUACUAUGGUUUGUAAAUUGUAUAUAUUUUCUGUUUUGUUGAUGUUUGUUUAAAUGCAUGAUUACAUGAAUACUAAUCUAGGCCAUAGACAGUGGGCACUCCUGAGUGAGAUAUAAAGAACUCAAAAUUUAUAGACUAAUCAUGGAGUGCAGCAUUACCAGUCUAAAAAUAUUGGAUAUAUAUGUGUCAACCCGCAUGACCAUUGUAUGGGUAAAUUUUCCAAAAAAUUGCUUACCAGCUAUGAAAUCCAAAAAUACCAUAUUAUACAAUUUAAUUAUAUUUUCAUACAAGGGACCAAUUAUUGUCAUAAAUUAGUUGGCAUCUUAUUUUAUCUUUUCCAAAAUUAACUUUGAGGUAGUGCUGACUUUGCUUUGCCUAAGAGUUUUGAUUAAAUAAUUACCUUCUGUUGUGUUUUUGGUUUCAAGGGUAUGGAGAGCCAAUAUAGUUUUAUACUGACUGUUAUUUUUUUUUUUUGAAGAGUAUGGAAAGUCAGUAUUAUUACAUACUGGAAGCACUCUCUCUUAAUAUUUAGAGAUCACAAUUUUUACUUCUUUUCUUAGAGUUCAUGGGUUGGUUGGUUGUAUUAGCCACUUACCAUCAGGUGUAUUUGAUGAUUAUGAUAACUGAGUGCCUCUGAAAUAUGCCUGAUGGUAUUUAAUAUUAACUGUCCAUUACUUUCUUACAGUAGUCUAAAUGUUAUUGCUAUGCAAAUUAAAAUUGAAUUGAAUUGCAAUUAUUGCUACAGCUGUGUAUUUUGUUUGACAAUUUAUUUGUUUUCUUGAUAUAAUGUAUAUGUUACAGUCAAAAUUUAUAACCGGUUAAAACCACUUUUGACUGCAAAAAUAUUGGGUAAUAGAGAUUUUGGCCAAAUUAUAACGGUUAAAAGUGGUUUUGACAAAGAAUGUUAGUCAACACUACUAUUGACUUAUACUUUUUGAAUUUAAAAAUAGUUCAAUUUUGUCUUUCAAUAUUAUAUUCCCCGAAACUCUUUACUGCUGCAUUGGAAGAUGCUUUUAAGCUUCUGGACUGGAAAGGAUACGGUAUCAACAUCAAUGGCGAGUACAUCACUCACCUUCGAUUUGCAGACGAUAUAGUCCCUAUGGCAGAAUCGCUGGAGGACCUAAGCACUAUGCUCAAUGACCUCAAUAGUGUUUCCCAACGGAUAGGUCUUAAGAUGAACAUGGACAAAACAAAGAUCAUGUUUAAUGUCCAUGUCACACCUAUGCCGGUAGUUGUUAGGAACACUAAGCUCGAAGUUGUUGACGAGUAUGUUUACCUGGGACAAAUAGUCCGACUAGGUAAGUCCAACUUCGACCGAGAGGUCAAUCGACGGAUUCAACUCGAUUGGGCAGCGUUCGGGAAAUUACGGCACAUCUUCUCGUCAGGUAUACCUCAAAACUUGAAAACGAGACUGUACACCCAGUGCGUGUUGCCAGUGAUGACAUACGGAACUGAGACGUGGUCCUUCACUGCUGGCCGGAUGAGGAAGCUCAAGGUCGCUCAGCGAGCUAUGGAAGGGCUAUGCUCGGAGUUUCUCUGCGUGACAAACUCAGAAAUGAGGAUAUCCGCAGUAGAACCAGAGUGACCGACAUAGCCCAACGGAUUAGUAAGCUGAAGUGGCAAUGAGCCGGCCAUAUAGCUCGAAGAACCGACAACCGAUGGGGAAGAAAGGUUCUCGAGUGGCGGCCUCGUACCGGCAGGCGAAGUGUAGGGCGUCCCCCCACUAGAUGGAGUGACGACCUGGAAAGAUAUGCAGGAAGUCGAUGGAUGCAGGUGGCUCAGGACCGUGCUUUGUGGCAUUCUUUAGGGGAGGCUUAUGUUCAGCAGUGGACUUGUGAAGGGCUGUAAUGAUGAUGAUGAUGAUGAUGAUAUUAUAUUUUAUAUAAUUAUCAUUAUAAUAUACGCGGCUUUAGAGUGCCACCCCAGCCACACCUUAACCUACUGUCACUGAUAUUUCGUUUAGUCUGAACUUUAAACAAGGUAAAAUUACUUUUGACUAAGGACGUUGGUCAGAACCACUUUUGACCGGUUAUGAGUUUUGACUGUGAUAUAUACAAUGUAUUGCAGAAUCCACAUCCACUACCACAUACAAAAAUUCUUACAUAAUAGAAGCUAAUAAAAGCUAUAAAUUAAUGGUAAUUAAAUGAUUAUUUUAGGCAUCAGAAGAAAUCAUAGCUGAUACAGAUCAAAUGGCCGCAGAAAAUUUGAUGUAUUUUUCACAAGAUGUAGUUGGAUAUACAGAAACAACUGAGUUGGCGGAUGAUUUAAAUGUUGAAUGUGUAACUGAAGAAGUUAUUACUGAUGAUUGGGUCAUAGCCGGUGGACAGGAAAGGUAUAAAAUCUAUUAGCAGUUGUGUUAUAUAUACAUAAAAUAGUACUAUUUUUAAUUAGAACCUUUUGAUUUCCAGUAACUUUUGAUUUAAUAAUUUUUACAGUAAUUUAAUUAUAACUUUUAUAUUGAUAUGUAAUAAUUAUUAGUCUUUGCCUACAAUCCUACCUGAUGAUAAGUGGUCAUCUUGUGACCUUAACAGUGGUCUUAACAUAUAUUAAUACCUAUUUACUCUUGCCUUGAAGAUACUCAGAUUGUUAUUGGAUGGAGAGACCCAACAAAUUCUUCCCCUCCUUGGCUGUAUGCAUUACAAAGGAAGAUGUAAACUAGCGACAGGCGAUUGUUGCAAAAAAAAAAAAACAAUUGACUGAAUCGAAAAUUGUGCUAUGUAAUGCAUGCGAAUGUGCGUCUGUGCAACGAUGCAUGCGUGUCCGAGCGGUGACCGCACCAUCUUUUGUAACUACUUAUUUAGUAGUAUGCAUAAUAGGUGUGCGCUACGAAUUAGUAGUUAAAGUUGACACGGUAACCGUGUCAGUCAUUGUCGCACUCCGCACGCAGUUAGUCGAUAACAAUAGACUAACUAACAUGGAUGGUUAUCGAAUUUUCACGACUAAACUGAACAAUCAACUAAUGAGGGCAUCCACGAGUUUUUCUGCCACCAGGGCGGCGCCACUAGAAAGUGAGGUAUAAUAUUUGAAAGAUUUCAUAGCGGGGAAGGUAAUUUGUUCUGAAAAUGUGUAGUUUAUUGUUUCUUUUUGUACUAUUGGCUAUAUUUUACAUUAAUAAGAUAAAUAAACCAAACCACAUAUAUUCAU